UCCUAAAGGGACCUCCGGGCUCUCCUGGGGACACUGGCGUCACUGUCACGUGCAUCCCUCCUCAUCGUUGUCCUCAGUGGCAUGGGAAGGGCAAUAACCAUAGUGGAGCUUCCUUAGCUCAGGACAUCACAGGAGACGAGGCACCCCCAGGGAGGAAGUGGGCACUUUCUCCCCACCAGCACCCAGCCCUCCAUCCCUGCCCGCAGCCCUGGCGCAAGGGAGGGCUUUGGCGUCCUUCCCAGGCAGCACUGCCCAGCCUCUGAAGUCUGGCUGGGAGAUAGGGAGAUGAAAGGGCGCUUGGCGCUCCUCCGCAGGCUUGGGUCAAUCGUUAAUCGGGGAGGGAUCGCUCUCCACUCCUGCAGGUAACCUCCCCCCGCCUCCCACCCACAAAAGCAGAGCCCCCCAGAGCUGCGGCACAGCCAGCGGGGCCAUGGGGAGCUGAGCACACACGGAGAGAGGAGCUGCGAGCCUGGGGAGGUGACAGCCAGCCCCCGUCAUGGUCUCCAUGGGACUUCAGCUGCUGGGCUACGCCGUGGCCUUCCUGGGCUAUAUCGGCACGCUGGUGGCCACGCUGCUGCCCAGCUGGAAGACCAGCUCCUACGUCGGCGCCAGCAUCGUGACAGCCGUGAGCUUCACCAAGGGGUUGUGGAUGGAGUGUGCCACGUACAGCACGGGCAUCACCCAGUGCGACAUCUACAGCUCGCUGCUCAACCUGCCCGCCGACAUCCAGGCGGCACAAGCCCUGAUGGUGAGCUCCUGCGCCGUGUCCUCCCUCGCCUGCGUCCUCACCAUCGUGGGCAUGAGGUGCACUGUCUUCAGCCAGGGCUCACCGGCCAAGGACCGGGUGGCAGUGGCGGGCGGCGCAGUCUUUGUGCUCGGGGGGCUGCUCUGCUUCAUCCCGCUGGUGUGGAACAUCCACGUGGUGCUGCGGGAUUUCCGCAACCCCGUCAUCCCCGACAGCAUGAAGUUCGAGCUCGGGGAGGCUCUUUACCUGGGCAUCAUCUCCUCCCUCCUCUCCCUCGUCGGCGGCUUCAUCCUCUGCACCUCCUGCCCUGCACGGGACACCACGGCCACAUAUGCAAACACCUACCAGCCCCGGCUGCUGGCAGGCAAGAGCUGCCGGCCCUCCGCCAGCUACACACAGAAGACCAAGAGCGAGCUCAGCUCCUACAACCUGACGGGAUACGUGUAAUAAGGGCUGCAGCGGGGAACAGGGCUGGCACCUCUCCUGGCUCUCCAAAGCAUCUGGGCUGGCACCAAAGCAGCGUGGUAAGAGAGGACACAGCAGCAUCCCCAGUGAUUGCGGGGUUUGACUCUGGGGAUCUGGAGAGCCUUGUGACUGCUCAGAGCUCCCAGCUAGAGGCUUACAUUGGUGAAGGACCCUCAAUCCAGCUUCUGUUCCCCUCUCCAUGCUGCCAGCCUGCAGGCAG